UUCUCCAGCCUCUGCAGUUCCUACUAUUUCUAUAGCAAUCCUGGCCUGCUGUGUUCUUCCAGCCUCCUGCUUGUCUACCUAUAGCAAUCCAGAGUAUACGAAUUAUUGUUCAAAUGUACUAAUUUUGCCAGUCGGGUACGCAGUAAUUUAAAAUGCAGGAAUGUUGCCCCCCAACUCGCAAAUGACAAAUGAACACACGGGGUGGCUGACGGUAUUCAUCUGUGAGCAACAAAGUGUUUUCAACUGCACUCCAGAAAAACAAAACUGCUUCUGAUCGAAAUUCUAGUUUGCUGCUUUUCAGACUCUUGACGGAGAGAAUGCGAAGAUUUUAAAAAAUGAAAAAUACCAUAUUUGGUUGUAAAUAUUCAUUUUAAAUGGUACUGCUUUCUCCCUUGUGUCCUUUGUCGAGAAGUUGCCAACGCAAUGCGCGAUUAAAACCAACGGAAUAAAACGACUAACGUCAAUUUUCACCUGUUGAACGUGUCAACUGGAAUCCAGACCUUUUUUGUUGUUUUAGUGCUGAUGUUUUCUGAUCCUCCUGUUGUUUUCCAGGUGCCAAUUUAUAAAUUGCAGAGAUCGAGGAUAGAUCAAUAAAACUGUCUUUUCUACACGAAAUAACAAAAACCGAUAUCGUUAGGGCCUUAAAGACAUGGUUUUGGCUAAGGACUGCAUAUUUGUAGACCCUGGCUUUCCUCCCACCUCCUCGCUGGUGGCAGUUACUGAACCGCCGAGUAAACGGGAAGAACGGCUGCGCGAGGCAGCAAUUCAGCCGCCCGCGCGCUCCACCGCCGCCAUCUUGUAAUCCCCGACGCUGCCGUUUGGGGUGUUGGAAGGAUUCUCUCGCGAGGAAGGACGCCAUUAUCGGAUUUUAACAAACAAGAAACGAGAACUGAACGAUGUGAUAAAUCUGCCCUGCUUGAUGAAGGAAUAUUUUAAGGCAGCAGUGGGGUUUCAGAGUGGAGGUCAAUUCUGCAUUGUAACUAGAUGAUGUCAGAACACAAUUUGACUGAUGUGGUUCAAAUUGCAGUUGAUGACCUAACACAAGAUCAAGCAGGGGUUUUGGACAAUCAUCAGUCUGAGGAUGGGAUUGAACAACCAGCUGUUAAACGUCAAAGAGUAGACAUCGCAAAUGGGCAGUCAAUCCAAGAUUCUACAGUAAAGUCUAUUCUUUUUGACAUUAAUCAAGCCAUUUGUUUGCGUCUUGAUAGUAUUGAAGCCAAAAUUCAGGCUGUGGAAGCCACUUGCAAAGCAAUUGAAGAGAAAAUAGACUUGGUUUUUAAUAAACAAAAUAGUCCUAUCCAGGUCCCUAUGGUGGCAGGAUCUCCUCUAGGUGCAACACAGACGUGGAAUAAAGUUCGCAGUACAGUACCGCAAACCACUGUCAUAUUAAACAGUGAUCGACAGAAUCCAAUUGGUUCCAAAGUUGCUGGACAAGAAGAACCUUUAGCCAGAGGAACAGACACCCUGGACAAUAUUCUCAGCAAUUCAGUGCCAGGGAGGAGACAAAACACAAUAAUUGUGAAGGUUCCUGGCCAUGAAGAUAGCCAUACUGAAGAUGUUGAGAGUGGAUCUGAAACAAGUGACACCGUUUCAAAUAGUGGUCAAUCAGGUGGUCAGAACUUGGCCCCAAAUGUUACACUCAUUACAUUGAAUUCUGAAGAGGAUUUCCCCAAUGGAACCUGGCUUGGAGAUGAGAAUAACCCUGAGAUGCGGGUUAGGUGUCCUAUCACUCCUGCUGAUAUGCUACAUAUUGCCACAAAUUGCAGAACAGCUGAAAAAAUGGCAUUGACACUAUUGGACUACUUAUUCCAUCGUGAGAUUCAAGCUGUAUCCAAUCUGUCAGGGCAGGGAAAACAUGGCAAAAAGCAGCUGGAUCCUUUAAUGAUCUAUGGAAUUCGAUGUCACCUUUUCCAUAAAUUUGGAAUCACUGAAUCAGACUGGUACAGAAUAAAACAGAGCAUAGAUUCUAAAUGUCGAACAGCUUGGCACAGAAAGCAGCGUGGACAAAGCUUGGCAGUGAAAGGUUUUGCCCGAAGGACACCUUCGUCUUCAGUCAUGAGUGGAACAGGUGGAAUGCAAGGAUCAGUGUCAUCUUCUGGAGAUUUACAGCAGAAUCAGGCACAGACACUUCACUAUGCAUUAGCAAAUGCUCAGCAGGUUCAUAUUCAUCGUAUAGGGGAGGAUGGACAAGUUCAACAAGUAGCUGUACAGGGCCACCUGCAUAUUGCACAGGUACCACAGGGAGAACAAGUGCAAAUUACUCAAGAUAGUGAGGGCAAUCUCCAAAUACACCAGGUCCAUGUUAGCCAAGAUGGCCAGGUACUGCAAGGUGCACAGUUAAUUGCAGUGGCUUCUGCUGAACAUCCAUCCAGUGGAGUAGAUGGAUCACCUCUCCAGGGAAGUGAUAUCCAGGUGCAGUAUGUACAGCUUGCACCAGUAACAGAUCACAACGCAGCAUCUCAAGGCACUGAAAGUCUUGCAGCCACAAUUCAGCCUGAAAUGCAAAUUGAACAUGGAGCGAUCCAGAUUCAACAAGGAGAGAAUGGAGAAGUUGUUCAAAUUCAAAUGCCAGUCAAUACUGUCAGCAGUUAAAACCAAAUGAACUUAGCUUUCAUCGCAUAGAGAGAAAACAAGAUUGUGCAGUGCAAGCAAUGGACAAGUUGCAGAUGCACAUUAUUGUAGCAAAGCCUGAAUCUCCUCACAUUACAAAAGAAUAAAUUAUUCAGCAAACAAAAAAGACUUGAAAUCAUUUGAAGAAUUUGUUUCCUAUUUCAAACUAACUAUUGUGGACAUUGGGAUCAACUGUUAACCAUGUGUGAAACAAGAAAAAUACAUAUCUGUGCAACAACCUAUUAGCUUUUAUUAUUCAUUGUAAUUUUAUAGGGUCUUGUUUUGUCUUAAUUGCUACUGAACUGUUUUGGUUUGAAUAUGAAUUACACAGAUGCUUUGAAGAAAUGUAUUUAUGACUCAUAUACAUUAUAUCUAGAAUUCAGGGAAUUUAUUUUUUCAUUUAUUAUUUGCAGCUGGAAACCCUUAAGUGGCAAAAGCAGUAAAGCUUUUUUUUGUAACUAAUUUUAGGAAGAAGAUAUGCCAGUCAAUUGAGGAGAUUUGUUGCAAUUAUUAUGAAAAGAGUGAAGUACCACAAGUCCUUUCAGCGUGAAGUGAAUUAACAUUUUACUGCUUAGUUUAGGUACAGCAAUAUGGUGUUAUUUUUAACUUGCAUCAUAAAGGAAACACUCAGUUGCAGUCUUGAUAAAGACUUGUCUGCUACAGAAAUGUUCUUGUAAAGAGCUUAUUAAAUC